AUGAACCUCAAGCCAUCGUUGAUCGAUACUAUGGGGCAGAACUAUGCCAUUGUUUGUGCGGAUGCUGAUGUUCCGGUUACUGUGGAGGGCGUGCUGGCUGGAGUUAUGUUGAAUUCCUAUCGAAUCUACAUGUCAACUGGUCGCAUCCUCGCUGAUGCCUCUAUUGCCGAAGAAUUCAUGGAUGCCCUGAAAUAUGCUCUGAGCAUGACGGAUACCCAAGUGCUUCCGCCCAUAUUCGUCAAUGCACUUAUAAAGACUCGCCUGGAGAGCAUGAUUACGAGCGCUGUGGAAUGUGGAGCCGAGUUACUCCAUGGAAAGCUUGAGAUAGAACCAAGCUGUGACGGCAUUCUGAGUAUUGGCCCGUUCGUGCUCGCUAAUGUUAAGCCAAACAUGAGAGUGUGGCUCGAGGGGGAAUAUACUACAUUGACGGCUUGCAUGCUUGUCAGGAGCGACGAUGAAGCUGUCAGAAUUACCAACAGUGCUGGAUACGGCAGCUCAGCUUCCGUAUUCACGAAAGACCUUCGUAAAGGUCUUGCAAUAGCUAAGCAGCUGGAGUUUGGCGCUGUGCAUAUAAAUGGUAUGAAUAUGCAUGUUGAACCGGUCCUUCCAUGCGGUGGAAUCAAGGACUCCUGUUGGGGGCGAUUCAAUGCAGAGGAGGGAUUGAAUGAGUACCUUGUGACUAAGUCUGUGACUUGGAAGGAUUGA